AUGCAUCUAGCACUCGUACAAAAAAUAAUGUAUUUAUUUUCAAAUAUAGUUAUAAUUCUUUUAGUAUAUUUAACAAUUUCUUCGUUAAUGACGGAUGCAUUUCGUAAUAAUGCUGAAGAAUGUUGUGAAACAGGUCGAAUUCAAGCUGAACGUAACAAAACAUGUUCGUUGAAAUCACACUUAUUAACAACAAACAAUGAUACAAAUACAACAAAUUAUUGUCCUUAUUUAACACAUAUAUGUUGUUUAUCAAAUUUACGUCAUUAUUUUUGUGAAGAAGGUAUAAAUACAGCUCUUCGUUUAUUACCAUGUAAUGAAACAAAAUUACAAUUAAUAGAUACUUAUAAGCUAUGUUGUCGAUGUUGCGAAUUAGGUGUUCAAGCAGGUCGACAUCUUGAAGAUUGUGACCCGGUGCCUGUACUUGAUGAAAAGUGUGGUGAACAAUUUACAAAUUGUUGCAAAAAAGCUAAAUCUUUGAAUUGUGAUACUGGUUUUGAAAUGGGCGAAUAUGGACGUUGUCGUGACAUUAAUGAAUGUCUAUCAAGUCCAUGUCCAGAAACGAUGAAAUGUGAAAAUACACCAGGUUCUUAUCAAUGUAUUGAAGGAUGUGAAUCUGGUUAUAUAUGGUCACUUAAAUAUGGAGAAUGUCGAGAUAUUGAUGAAUGUGCUCUUCAUAAACAUAAUUGCACACAUGGACAUCGAUGUGAAAAUAUGCCUGGAUCAUAUCGAUGUAUACGUGAAAGAAAUUGUGGUACAGGUUAUCAAGUUGAUCCUCAUACACAAACUUGCAUGGAUAUUGAUGAAUGUGAACAAGGCAUUGAUGAGUGUAGACCUGGUUAUAUUUGUAAAAAUGUACCUGGAACAUACAGAUGUCAACCACAGAAUUGUACACUAGGUGAAAAAUUCAAUGCUUUUUUUGGUCGUUGUGAAAAAGUUCAAUGUCAACCAGGUUUUAAUGUAACUCUAUUCGGAAAAUGUGCCGAUAUUAAUGAAUGUGCGCAAAAACCAGGUCCUUGUCAACCUACUGAAAGAUGUGAUAAUACAGUGGGUUCAUAUAGAUGUGUUCAAACAUUUAGUUGUGCAAGUGGACUUGAAAUGAAAGAUCUUAAAUGUUUUGAUAUUGAUGAAUGUACUCUUGGUAAUCAUACUUGUCCUUCACCGGCAGUAUGUAAAAAUACAUAUGGAUCUUUUUAUUGUGAAUGUCCACUUGGAUUUAUAUUUAAAUAUGGUGUUUGUGUUGACGAUGAUGAAUGUGUACGUGGUAAUGUAGUUUGUCCAAUAAAUGCAUACUGUCGUAAUACACCUGGAUCAUAUGCUUGCGAAUGUAUUGCAGGAUAUAAGAUGAUAGCUGAACGUGCAUUUUGUGAAGAUAUUGAUGAAUGUCAAACAUCAUCGGAUACAUGUGAACAAAAAUGUAUUAAUGUUCAAGGAUCAUAUUAUUGUUUAUGUCAAGAAGGUUAUCGAUUAAAUGGUGAUAGACGAACAUGUCGAGAUCUUGAUGAAUGUUCAAUGAUUCCAAAUUUAUGUCAAUAUCAUUGUGUCAAUACACCAGGUUCAUAUAAAUGUAUAUGUCCAUCAGGUUUUACACUUGAACGAAGUCGUCAAUGUCAAGAUAUAGAUGAAUGUGCUCUUAGUACGCAUAAAUGUCGUAAUGAUGAUGUUUGUGUUAAUCUUCUUGGUGGACAUCGUUGUUAUUCUGUUAAAUGUCCUGAAGGUUAUGAUAAAAUUGGAAAUAAUCGAUGUCAAUUAUCUACACGUUGGUGUCAACAACAUCAAAAUGACAAAGAUUUACGUUGUACAAUUAAAAAACCAGUUAAAUAUGUUUAUUCAUUUAUUUCACUACCUGCAAAAAUGCGUACACCAAUGGAAAUCUUUCGUAUACGUAAUAGUCAAUUACAAGCGAAUCAAUAUGCUGAAUUUGAUUUACGUUUAAUUGAUGCAUUUGAUCCAUUUACAAAAUUAUCUUCAACAACACUUGAUAAUUUUCAAUUAAAAAAUUAUCCACCACAUAAUGCUCAUUUAAUUGUUAUUAGAGAAUUAAGUGCAUUUCAAGAAAUUGAAUUAAAUAUUGAAAUGAAGAUUUAUACGAAUAAUAUUUUAAAUUCAAUAUCAAUUAUGAAAAUAUUGAUUUAUGUUAGUCAAUAUGACUUUUAUCCUUAG